AUGAACACUUCCUCAGAAACAAUGUCUAAUAGCCAACCACCAAUAACACCAGUCAUUGCCUUAACAACACUUAGAAUUACUUCACCACCUAAUACAACAAUUCAUCAUGGAUCACUUUUUAAAGAACAAGACUCAAAAAAAUUACAAAUGUACCUUAACCGCCCUAGUAGAACUGUUAUUGAAAAUGAGCUUGUACCAAGACAACCUUAUUUAACUAUCCACACUUCACGAACUACUGUUUUGAAAGAUGACGUAGUUUUCAAACAAGAUAAUGUUUCAGUUAUUAAACAAUACAACCACUUUAAACAAGAAAAAUAG